AUGGUCAUUCUGUACUCGCAUUUGCAGACCUGCAAGGAAUGCUGGAAGAGGGGAGACAAGAGAAUCGAUGAGUCUAUCGCCAAGAUGAUCGAAGGUGAUAAGACAACGGGCCAGACAGGGAGCAAGGAAGAAGAAGAGACCUCCCAAGGCGCCGAAGCCCACGACAAGCCCGACAAGUGCACAUGCGAAAAUAUGCAAAGACGAUCCGACCGGACUGGUGAUGAGAGAGACGGAAUCAUUCAGAGACUGGGCGAAGAAGAUGGGACUGCAGACAAUGAUAUAACGCACACGAAUCCAUCUAGACCACAAACGCCUAUAACGGACUACGACCUAGACCCAGAUAAUCUCCCCUGGUAUCUUCUCCAUUAUGAAUACUACUGCGACUUAUCCAGACCGUGUCACCCUGGUGGUGGUGGAAAAGGGAUUGUGAUGACUAGCUCAUUUGGGGAUAUGAAGCCUAUGACUUUACGCUGGGAUGAAAGCGAAAUGCAAACUUGA